AUGCUCGUGAUACCUACAGACCCACUGAUACUCUCGGUGUUGCUCAGUUUCGCACUGAUUCUCGGAGCUAUCCUACUUAGCCUCAGCAAGCGCGGAAGCCGAGCACAUCUUCCUCCGGGACCGUCCGCACUGCCACUUGUGGGCAAUCUCUUUCAGCUACCACGAAAAGAUCUCCCCAAGGCGUUCGCGGCUUUGUCGGACCGCUAUGGUCCCAUAUGCCACAUGCGCUCGUUUAACAAAUGCUUCGUGGUAAUCAACUCUUUAGAGCUUGCCCAAGCGAUGUUUAUUAAGCGCAGGGCCACCUAUUCUCACCGGCCGCGGCUGGUGAUGGCUCAAGAGAUCAUGAAGCGCGACACAAUGCUCUUCAUGAACUACGGUCCCGAGUUCAAGAAGAGUCGCCAGCUCGUCAGGACGUUCGUCCACCGGAAAACGGCGUCCAAGUACUGGGAAGUACAGGAGAUCGAGUCGUUAAAAUUCGUGCUGAGCGUGCAACGCACGCCUACAGAUGUGUUGGAACUGACUAGAUGGGCUGCGACAUCUCUCAUCACACGUCUUCUCUAUGGAAUCGAGGUGAAAAACAAGGACGACCCGCUGGUCCGCCUCGCCGCAGACCACGCGCAUCUCAUGACCGAGGCGAUCGAGCCCGGAAAGUGGCUCGUAGACACUUUCCCAUUGUUGCGGCAUGUCCCAGCAUGGCUCCCCGGUGCUGGCUUCAAACGCUGGGCUAAGCGUGCGAGGGCUCGUAUGGACGAGUUCUCCUGGUUGCCAUACGCAACCAUAAAGCAAAAUAUCGACGCAGGGAAUAUCACGAUUUCGCCAUGCUGGGUCGCCGAAAACCUCUUGGAGCCUGGGACCGUCGAGCCUCUUACUGCGCAAGACGAGAAGGAACUUCGCGUUGCGGCGACAUCGCUGUAUUCUGGUGUGUACUGCAGUACCAGCGCCAUGAUUAGCACGUUCAUCCUCCUGAUGCUUCACUACCCUUGGGUGCAGAAGAAGGCCCAGGAGGAGAUCGACCGCGUGACAGAGGGCGGCGCAUGGGUCCCCGGCAUGCAGGACCGCGAGAAGUUCCCCUACGUCAAUUGCGUCAUCAAGGAGCUGUUCCGGUUCAAUCCUGCCGUACCCAUCGCGACACACAGCCUGCACGAAGACGACCUUUUCGAGGGAUACUUCAUCCCGAAGGGGACGUGGGUGAUGGCGAACAUCUGGGGCUUCACGCACGACGAGACGAGGUACCCAGACCCCGACUUGUUCGUGCCUGAGCGGUUCGAGAUGGGCGUAGGAAAGCGCCCCCAGGACGACCCCCUGGACAUAGUCUUCAGCUUCGGGCCACGCUCCUGCCCUGGGUACCCCCUCGGCCUCGCCUCCGUGUACCUGAACGUCAUCCACCUCCUGUUCGCCUUCGACAUCGUCCCCGCAAAGGACGCCGCGGGCAAGAUGGAUGCGCCGCCCAUUGCGUUCACAGACGACCACGUGCCACACCCGAAGCCGUUCGCAUGCAGCAUGCGUGAGCGGACCGCGGGGAGGAUCACGUUGCUCGAGCACACACUUCACAGCUUGCAGUGAAAUUCUUGUACGCUACCGCGCUACUGGCAGUCCGCCGCGGGCGAUCAGGUGUAGAGCCUGUGAGCUGUAUGGUAUCUAUUGUUGUGGUGAGACACGUAGCCCCCACAAAGCCCUGCCCCUCGGAACAGGCAAAAUAUGGUUGUUGGCUGCGUAUUCGCGUAGGGCCUCGUCAAAUGUAGAACAAAGGUUGCAUUGUUAACGGAAGCGAUCCACAUGAGCGCGCAUACGACGUGUUCACGCUUGUACCACGCACCCAAAUUCUGCAUAUACUACAUGUUCAUAAAAACGCGCACCCUGUGCAUGAGGCUAAAGCCGGCUGCCGUUAGAGGAAUAAAAUUAGGAACUAUACAAGCUAAAACUGAGACGACACUAACUUAACUACUAUAGUUGCUGUCCGGUACACCCCAGUUUGGAAUGACCGGAAGUCGAUGCGAUGUACACAUUACAUGCAAAACAGCGGCACAGGAAUUCACGAAUCGCGAGGGAAGCGGAAAUCACCACGGGAAGAAGAAGAGCGGCGGCUCGUCGUCCGAGUACGGGUCAUAGAACUCUUCCUCGUCGUCGUAAAAGUCCUCGUCCUCGUCAAACUCGUCCUCGUCGAUCCACUCGAGGACCUCGUCCCACUCGACGCUUGCCGCGUCCUUCCGGAGCCGCUCGACGUCCUCCCGGCUCGCGUUCACGCACUCGCGCAGCCGCAGCGCGAGCGGCACCUUGGACCGGCGCCGCGCGGCGAGCAUCCGGAGGUAGUGCGGCACGACGCCGUCGUCGUCCCCGACGUCGGGCGGCGUGCGCCGGACGCGGACGCCCGUAAGGUGCAGCGUGCGCAGGCUCGGCAGGAACUGCUGCAUCUUGCGCCGCGGCUUCUUCGACGAGCCCUGCGCAGGCGCGGGCGGUGGCGGCCGCGCGCCCCGGGACGGGCACGCGGCUCCCAAGGGCCUCGGGCAGGCCCGACUCGCCAUACUGGCUCACGCCGAGCUCCUUGAGCCCGACCAUGCCCUCGCACGUCCGGAGCCAUUCCUUCUUGUCCAUUACAAAGCCGCUCGACGUGAAAUGCAUCGUGCGCACACUUGCAAGAGGCAGAGCAGCCAAAAUCGCGCUGAAGAACGACAUCGAGGUGCAUACGGGGACGCGCGUGAGGGAUAUGUAGAGUCUGGGCUUUGUUGUGGCAGGUAGCAUGGCCAGGGGAGUGGGAUCGAGCACAGACAUCGAGUACUCCUCACUCCAAGCUUUGAUUGCAAUUUCGCUGACGCUGAGAGUGAGCAGAGGAGAUAUGAUAACGCCGUUUUCAGGGUCUGGGCAAAGCUUGGAGCUGAGGACGGGGCAAAGAUGGGUGACUUCGCUUGGUCUAUAGUCCGAGCAAUCAAGCUGGAGCGUCGUAUUUGCAGGGAAUGCGAUGUGCUGCAGGAUGAACGCAGUGGUCUUGGCUGGCGCUCCAAGGACUAGACUUCGCAGCUGAGGCAAGUUAAUCAUGAGAUCGUCGAUGAGCGGCGGGGAGUCCUCUGGGAGCAACGGGAGUACGCCUUUGAGGUCGAGUGUCUGGAGAGCAGGCAUGUUCUCGAGCGCUCGCAGAACACUGUGGAUACUGGCGUUCUGAUACUCGUAGAACGUAUCGCUAGACCGGAAAGUCACGUGAGUGAGAGUCGACCUGAAUAUCGGAUUGUGCCAUGAGACUCGCGUGUCCACGAGCUCGAGUUGUGUCAGCUGUGGAAGGCUAACUUUGUCGAAUAAAAUCUCAGAAUCUUGAGAGACGGAGAGGAACGUCGGACGAGUAGAUGAGACGGUAAGCGACUUGAGCAGCGGUGCUUCACCGCCUAGCUCGAGCUGGCUAACGAGACUUUCCAUGGAACCCAUCCUGAACACGAGGGACUGAAUGCGGGGUAGCUGCUUUAUUGCCAACUUGACGGCUUCAGGAUCUGCGCGUACGCCCGUGAUCGUAAGGUGCAGCGGGGCGUGCUUGGAACGGGCAAGCAUUUCCUGUGUCCAUUCAAGUCUGUCCACGGUGAAUUCGCUCCACAACCUCGGCGAGCUGAGUGCAACCUCUCUCCAAUGAUGACAAACAUGGGCGACCUUGAUCCAGCGUUUUGAGCGUUCGCGCGCGUAAGAGUCGCCGACCAUGCAGCCAUAGUGGGAGAGGUAGCGGUUGCCCACGGCGUAGUGCAUGAAGAUCUCCGUGAGCAGCUCGGGAGGGAGACGCGCGGUGCUGACGAGCUUGUUCAGCUCACGCGUCUUUUGGAUGACUUGUUUCUUGUGCGCGUCGAUUUCGUCCUCAAGUGUCUUGCGCGCUCUCUCCACCGCGGUGAGCUCGUGCUCAGGGGCCUUGGGUCGGACCACGACGCUGUUGCCGCAUCGUUAG